AUGGAGUUCCGUCCAAAAGGCGUCCAUACCAAGCACCUCACAGAGGCGGACCGCAUCCGCAUCCGUACCCUCUACUUUGACGCGUACAUGCCUCCAAAGGCUAUUGCGAAGCAGACGGGAUACACUCUCAGCCAGGUGCGUCACGCUGUUCGUGCCAACUCGGCUGCCGUCAAGCCACGCUCUGGGCGCCCGCGAAAACCCAAGAAGGACGAAGAAAAAGCCGAAUCCAACAGAGAAGGCUGA